AUGAACUCCCUCCGCGUCGCUCUCCGCCCGUGCUCUGUUGCCGCCUCCUCUCCCGCCUCUGCAUCCUCCAUUCUGCGCCGCGCCGCCGUCCUCUCGUCGUCGCCCUCCUGCUCUCCCGCAUCUGGCCGCACCCUGCCCCGCGCCGCCUUCUUCCAGUCCAGGACCAUGGCCACCGUGAAGAAGAUCAAGGUCAAGAACCCCGUCGUCGAGCUCGACGGCGACGAGAUGACCCGCAUCAUCUGGAAGGACAUCAAGGACAAGUUCAUCCACCCCUACCUCGACAUUGACCUCAAGUACUACGACCUCGGCCUUGAGUACCGUGACGAGACCAACGAUCAGGUCACCAUUGACGCCGCCAACGCCAUUAAGAAGUACAGCGUCGGCGUCAAGUGCGCCACCAUCACCCCCGACGAGGCCCGUGUCGAGGAGUUCAAGCUCAAGCAGAUGUGGCUCUCCCCCAACGGCACCAUCCGCAACGCCCUCGGCGGCACCGUCUUCCGCGAGCCCAUUGUCAUCCCCCGCGUGCCCCGCCUCGUGCCCGGCUGGAAGAAGCCCAUCAUCAUCGGCCGCCACGCCUUUGGCGACCAGUACCGCGCCAAGGACCUCGUCGUCAAGGGCGAGGGCACCCUCAAGAUGGUCUACACCCCCAAGGGCGGCGAGCCCGAGGAGAUUGAGGUCUUCCAGUUCAAGAACGGCGGCGGCGUCGCCCAGACCCAGUACAACACGGACGAGAGCAUCAGCGGCUUCGCCCACGCCUCGUUCAAGCUCGCCCUCGACAAGGAGCUGCCCCUCUACAUGAGCACCAAGAAUACCAUCCUCAAGAAGUACGACGGCCGCUUCAAGGACAUUUUCCAGGACAUCUACGAGUCUACCUACAAGAAGGACUUUGAGGCCAAGAAGAUCUGGUACGAGCACCGUCUCAUCGACGACAUGGUCGCCCAGAUGAUCAAGUCUUCGGGCGGCUACAUCAUGGCCCUCAAGAACUACGACGGUGACGUCCAGUCCGACAUUGUCGCCCAGGGCUUCGGCUCCCUCGGCCUCAUGACCUCGGUCCUCAUCACUCCCGACGGCAAGACCUUCGAGUCCGAGGCCGCCCACGGCACUGUGACCCGCCACUACCGCGAGCAUCAGAAGGGCAAUGAGACCUCGACCAACCCCAUCGCCUCCAUCUUUGCCUGGACCCGUGGCCUCAUCAAGCGUGGCCAGCUCGACGACACCCCCGAGCUCGUCGCCUUUGCCGAGAGCCUCGAGAAGGCCUGCAUCGACACGGUCGACCAGGACGGCAUCAUGACCAAGGACCUUGCCCUCGCCUGCGGCAAGACCGGCCGUGGGGACUACGUCACCACUACUGAGUAUCUGAACGCCGUCGAGAGGAGGAUGAAGAGCCUCCUGAAGGAGAAGCUGUAA